AAAAGUCCUCAGCUCUUCGGAUUUGUAUGCGAUGCGUAUGACAAAUUUCGCGGGUAGUCGUCGCUUGGAAGCAACCUCCCCUUCUAUCUUCCCUUGUGACGCGAUUUCCCAGAACCCAGAGAGAGAGCGUGGGGAUUUAUAGACUAUAAUUAGAUAAAUAAAUAGAGUAGUAGUUCGGAAAUCGGAAUUGGAUCUGUCUCCUUGGGCACCAACUCUUGAAGACAUUCUCUUCUCUCUCCAGCUUCUUCCCCUCGGGCGCGGAAUAAGAGAGUAUACUCUGAAUUCUAAGCGGCCAAGUUCUCCCAAACCAAGAGAUAAAAACCUUCUUUUGAGUUUAAUCCAAGAUUUGAAACCUUGGCUUUCGUAACCGGGUCACUUAGGGUCCUUUCUUCUUUAUUUCUUGUUUAGAUUUCUUUGAUUUGGAGUUUGUAGGCUUUGUGGGAGUUGCAAAUAUGUUGGGAGAUCUCGCCAUCACAGUUCUCGUGAUGUUAUUUGGAUAUGCCUAUCCGGCCUUGGAGUGCUUCAAGACGUUGGAGCAGAGGCAGUGGCCCGGUGAGAUUGAGCAGCUCCGGUUCUGGUGCCAAUACUGGGUCAUAGUUGCAAUUGUAACAACCGUUGGCGACUCUCUCAUUUCAUGGUUGCCAAUGUAUGGAGAAGCCAAGUUAGCUUUCUUCGUCUACUUGUGGUAUCCAAAAACGAAGGGUUCUGAUCUUAUCUAUGAAACCUUCCUACGGCCACUUGUCAUGCAAUAUGAACCUGACAUUGAACAGAGGCUAAGGCAUUUGAGGGCUAAAUCUGGAGAAUUGCUUGUAUUCUAUCUAAAGAACUUCACAGACAAAGGAACUACUUUGUUUCUAGAGGUUCUCAACUAUGUGGUCUCAAGCACAAAGGGGAAUCAACGAUCAAGCCGAUGGAAUCCUCUCACUGCCAUACGGUCGUUCCGGCAGGCUCCUGCUAUGGAAGUAGGCAUCCACGAAGAGCCCGAGCCCCCCUACAACCCGCGUGCCGAAUAUCUCCGAUCUCGACACCGCUGAUAAUAUAUAUAUAUAUAUAUAUAUAUAUCUUUG